AGAGAGAGAGAGAGAGAGAGAGAGAGAGAGAUGGCAGUAGUUGAAAGCAGAGAAUGGUACUUGGCCUCUUAUGCACCUGAAGGUAUUCCAACUUCUGAUCAUCUCAAGCUCCGGACUGUCACUCUCUCACUGGAUUCGAUCCCCGAACGACAUGUCGUUCUUGAGACCCUCUUCAUCUCUGUCGAACCCUAUUUGCGCAGCAGGGUCACUGGCCGAGAAGACGGGCUAUACAGUCCUCAGUUCAACCUUAAUGAGGUACUUUCAACGUUUGGGGUCGGAAGGGUAAUUCGGUCAAAAGACGGUGACUAUGUUGAAGGAGAUAUAGUGGUCAGCCCCUUCACACCCUUUGCUGAAUAUGGCGUGGUGCCAUCCCACUUGUUAACAAGAAAGGUUGAUCCAAACGAUGGGAUUCCAUUGCCUGAAUAUAUCAGUCUGCUAGGGGUACCUGGGUUUGCAGCAUGGGUGGGAAUUGAGGUGAUAGCAGACCCAAAACCAGGGUCGAAUGUGUUCAUAUCAGCUGCAGCUGGGGCUGUUGGAAUGUAUGCAGGACAGUUGGCCAAGCUUAGGGGAUGUAGGGUUAUUGGAAGCACUGGAUCAGAUGAGAAAGUGAAGCUCCUCAAGGAGGAAUUUGGAUACGAUGACGCAUUCAACUACCACACAGAGACAGAUUUUGAUGCUGCUUUAAGCAACUACUUUCCCCAUGGAAUUGAUGUGUACCUUGACAAUGUUGGCGGUAAAAUGCUUGAGUCAGCUCUCAACCAUGUCAACAAGAAUGCCAAGAUCCCUCUUUGUGGCAUGAUAUCUGGCUACAAUAAGGUUUGGACUGAGAGAGAGGGGGUGAGAAAUCUGCUGAAUUUGAUCGGCAAGGAGGUGAAUAUGCAAGGGUUCAUGGUGUUCAUACUUGCAUCGUUUUGGGGAUUUUGCAAAGGAGAUGGAGAGCCACCUAAAGCAAGGCAAGAUUGGUUCUAAGCUCAAGAUCUUCCAUGGAAUUGAAACAUUCUUGGAGAGCUUAGGAUCCCUCUUCACCAGCUCUAAUGUUGGAAAAGUAGUAGUCCAAGUCAAGUAAUAAUAUAUAGGUAGGUUGAAGUGAAUCUUUGUCAUCGGACUUCUAUGCAAUAUGUUAAAUGCUUCAUCAGAGCUCUCUUAUUUAGACCUACCGAGACCUAAAUUUUCUUUUGAGUCAUAAUUAAGUUGAUUUCUUGUUGAGAGUGCUAUGAUUCCAUCAAAUUGAAGUUUAUUUAAAAAUUUCUUAG